AUGGCGGCAAGUCUACAAUUUCUUCUUGCCACAUGGCUAAUUGUUGUCACUUUAGCCGCACACUUAAUUCUCCUGGCAAACCAUGUAUCACCGAAUCUCGUGCCAGCUUUUGCCUCCCCUUACAGUACGAAAGGCUUAAGAAUUUAUCAUCUAAAUAUGCACAGUUUACGAAUCAAACUGGAUGAAUUACGCCUAUUUUUUAAUGAGCAUGAGCCCUACGUUCUUUCUUUAAACGAAACAUGGCUUGAUUGUUUUGGAGGGGACUUGGCGGUUUACAAUGCCCACCAUCUACAGUUCAGCCUCAUAGAUAGUGAAACUAGUUCAAAUAUUGAAGCGCUUUGACUUGAACUUACGCCUACUAAAAACAAGAAAAUGUUGUUCGGCAGCUUAUACAGGCCACAAAGUUCGGAUGCUUCUGUUUUCUCUGGUGAAAUUGAAUCGAUGUUAACGAACUAUUCAAAGGAUCACCGCGCCAUUUUUGGAAUUAGAACGCUUCACAAAAUAAAACUCGCUCCACCAAAGACAGUUAAGGUGAGAAACCAUAUACAUUAUGACUUGAAAUUUUCAGAGCAGACUUGA